UCUAUCAUCCUCACCUGCGCCUGCAGCUGCACCUCCGCUUUUCGCCCAGCCUGGCAGACGCUGAAUUGAAGGGUGACGGUUGACGUUCGCAAGAUUGUCAUGGCCUACCCGGGAUACGGAGGAGGGUUUGGAAAUUUUAGCAAUCAGAUGCAAAUGGGACAGCCAGUGCCAGGAACAGGGCCGGCUGUGCUCCCUGGUGGAUACCCUGCAUGCCCAGCUUAUCCGGACAGUUAUUCCUCAGCGGGAGACCCCAUGUGGACAUACUUCACUGCUGUUGCUGACCAGGAUGGUGAAGUGGAUGCUGAAGAACUUCAGAAAUGUUUAACACAGUCUGGAAUUAGUGGAACUUUUUCUCCCUUCAGUUUAGAAACCUGCAGAAUUAUGAUUGCCAUGUUGGAUAGAGAUUACACAGGAAAAAUGGGAUUUAAUGAAUUCAAAGAACUUUGGGCAGCUCUUAAUGCCUGGAAGCAAAAUUUCAUAACUGUUGAUAAAGACGGAAGUGGCACAGUAGAGCAUCAUGAAUUGAAUCAAGCCAUUGCUGCUAUGGGUUAUAGCUUGAGUCCUCAAACAUUAACUGCUAUCGUUAAACGUUAUAGCAAGAAUGGCAGAAUUUUCUUUGAUGAUUAUGUUGCUUGCUGUGUGAAGCUUCGAGCAUUGACAGAUUUCUUUAGGAGAAGAGACCACUUGCAACAAGGGGUUGUGAGUUUCAUAUAUGAUGAUUUUUUGCAGGGCACUAUGGCAAUUUGAAAGUCUAGAAUUUGAAGGCUGAAGAAAUACUGUGAAUUUCUGUGCUUGGAAGAAAUGAACUGAACUACUUUGAAUUAAAGCUUUGGGGGCUUUUCCAUGUUCCUGUCUGUUAAAUUUCUUCUCUUUCUAUGUGUUUUUACUUUAGCUCACCGUGCAAAGCAG